CAGAGAGAGAUAGAGUUCAGACUGUUCUCACUUUUCUUCUGGAAGCACUUGAACAACGAAUAAGAAUGAUGAUGUUCAACUCGCUGGUUGUCAUUCUCUUUCUGCAGGCCUAUGAUUACGUACAUGCUGCCAGGGAAUGGGAUGUUUUCGACGACCAAUGUAAAAAGAAAUGCGAGAUAUACCAUUGGGCUAGCAAAGAUUGUGGUACGCUGUGUUCACAAGAAACGGGUGCACAAAAAUUCUACUGUACACUAGGAUGCUCACAGAAUUCAACAAGUGACAGUGAUUACGAAUCAUGUAAAGGAAAUUGUAAAGGUGAAAAAAUAAAUAGAGAACAGUGUCAAAUUGACUGUCAACUCACUGUUGGAAGUCGCUAUAUCUGUGAAACUGUUUGCGCUGAUAAUGAACCCGCAUCUCUACCUCGUUGCUUGUUUUUCUGCGGCGAAACAUAUCAACCUAAAUUUCCCUGUACUGAACGAUCUGGUACAGAUGGUAGAGAUUGUGAAAAUGAAGAUUUGCUUCCAUGCACAGAGUGGUGCUACAGAGAGGAUCGGAGGGGAAAGAGUAUUGAACCGUAUUGUGAAGAGAAGAGUGAUUUGAUGUGUUAUCACAAAACCGCCUUUGGACUAUGUUCUGUUGCUCAGUUUACUACAAGUUUACCUCCACCUGAGCAAUAUUUCAGAGGUAUUCCUAAUCAAGGCGGGAGUAGUACACUGGUGGACAGAUGUCCAAUGGUUCAGAUUUCUUGUUCUGGUGGUCUCAAAGUAGUUGUCGGUGGACAACCGUUCCCCUGUCAAUCAGGUGUGGCGAGAAUUCAAACGAAGCAGAUUACUGGGGAGGCUAUCUGUCCACCACCAAAUGAAGUUUGUGGAGCUGCAUUAUCAAUGGUGAAGAUGAAUGUGCUACACUGGCAUAUGACAGAUGAUGAAUCCUUCCCGUAUGUUUCUUCAGUGUAUCCUGAAUUGUCUUCAAAGGGAGCAUAUCAUCCACAUUCGUAUGUGUAUGAAAAGGAUGAAAUUGAUUCACUGGUAGAAUUCGCUCGAUUACAUGGUGUUCGGGUGAUUGUUGAAUUUGACUCACCAGGUCACACUCUAUCAUGGGGCAAAAGUCAUCCUGAAAUACUCUCGGGUGAAUCACAUGACGGACCAAUCAAUCCAGUCGAUGAGAAUGUCUGGCCAUUUCUAUCAAAUUUAUUCAGCGAAGUGUUGAGUGUAUUUCCUGACCGUGUCUUACAUUUAGGUGGGAGCAUUUAUGAUAGGCAUUCAUGGCAAGAAGACGCUAACAUCCAAGAAUUCAUGAAACAGAAAGGAUUCGAUCAAGACUACAAUAAAUUAGAAAAUUAUUAUUUUGAACGCCUCACAGAAGUUGUUCAGAAUAUUACUUCUGAGUCACAAAGCGUGACGCCUGUGGUGUGGCAGAAUGUAUUUGAGAAUGGAUUCCGAGGUAAUGAAAAUGCCGUCAUCAUACAAGUACACGAUAAUUCCGACUGGGAAGCUGUCACCAAGUCAGUCACAUCAUCUGGAUACAGAGUGAUCAAUUCAGCGUGUUGGUCGAAAGUUGUUGGGAAUUUCGAUGAUGCAUGGAAGACAUUGUACGAUUGUGAUCCUGCUGCAUUUGGAGGUACUGAGGAAGAAGCUCAGUUGGUUAUUGGUGGGGAAGUCAUCAUCUGGGGAACAUAUGUGGAUGACACGAAUCUCUUUCUACGAUCAUGGUAA